AUGCGUGAUUGGCCUCUUCCUAAGGUUUAUGCUCCAAUUUCGAGUAAAACCUUGAAGGUAGAAGAGCGCACUAUUUUUAUUCUUGGUUGUUUGAUGCCAAAGUGUGGGAGCGAUCCUCUUAGCUGGCGAGCGCUUCGUAUUCAGAGAUUAAGUAAAGAGGAGGAUUCAAAUAUCAUGUCUCGAGAAAAGGUCGAGCAAGGUGAAUCUGUUUCAAAGAUGAACUUAUGGGAGGAUUUGGAUGAUGAAGAUGACUAAGAGUUGGAUCUAUAAGAGUUGGGUAAAGCACUUUCUUAUGCUGCAACUAAGGCUUCUUAUGCCAAGAAACCUCAUUGUGAUGGGCAUCCAAAGACCAAGAAGCCCUCACCAUUAAGCACAACAUCGCACGUUGAAGAUACUAACAUACCAGUUUUACCUUGCUUUUACAUAUACACGCAAGAGGAGCCACUAUCAAAAGAUGUUAAUUCAAUUUGUUCAAACUAUUCAUCACUUUCCAUUAAGGCGAAUGGAACUAAUGAUGAAGAUAAUGUACCGAAAGAAUCGUGGGCAGAUGAAAAGUAUGAAUACGAUAGAGCGUUAACAGCUGACAGGACUUACUUGAAGUUUAAGAAACGAUUGGAUGCAUACCCAGAAGAACAAUGUUUCAGGUACUCAUUAGGUGGAAAGCCGCUUGUAUCUGAAAAAGUGGAAGCGGACCCUGGGAAGUGUAGGUUGUGUGGCAGUUCAAGACACUUUGAAAUGCAACUAAUGCAACUUAUCAUAAUUAAAUAUUAA